AGGAGAGAGAAUGGGAUGUUUCUAGUGUGUGGUAGCAACAACGCAGGGCAGCUGCUUUCAGUCCUCCCACCCCUGUAUGACAGAUGUUCCGUGGUUGUUUGUUUUAUCGGUCACCCUGACGGCGAGUUCACCCUCUUUCUCGUUUCCUCUCUCUCUCUCUUCCCCUUUUUCUCUCACAGGACCUGUGAAGGGCAGAAUAUCAAAUAUCGUACAUGCAGUAACGUGCAGGACUGCCCUCCAGAGGCCGCAGACUUCCGGGCGCAGCAGUGCUCGGCGCACGCGGACGUGCGCCACCAGGGCCAGUACCACGAGUGGCUGCCCGUGGACAACGACCCCGACAACCCCUGCGCCCUGAAGUGCCUGGCCCAGGGGUCCGGGCUGCUGGUGGAGCUGGCCCCCAAAGUGUUGGACGGGACGCGCUGCUACACCGAGUCCCUGGACAUGUGCAUCAGCGGCGCCUGCCAGAUUGUCGGCUGUGAUCAUGAGCUGGGCAGCGCUGCCAAGGAGGACAACUGCGGCGUUUGCAACGGAGACGGUUCGUCCUGCCGGUUGGUCCGUGGACACUACAAGUCCCAGCAUGCCUCUGGGAAAACGGAGGACACGGUGGUGGUCAUCCCCUACCGGAGUCGCCACGUCAGACUGGUCCUCAAAGGUCCGGAUAGCUUGUACAUCGAGAGCAAGACGCUCCAAGGGGUGAAAGGAGAGCUUUCCCUGGAGGUGUCGGGUCAGCAGCGUCUGGAGAACACCACCCUGGACUACCAGAAGCACCCGGACAAGGCCGUCAUGAGGAUCGCUGGGCCCCUGGGGGCCGACUUCACGGUCAAAGUCCAGUACGCGGGCGGCGGGGCGGCGGACAGCGUGGUCCAGUACAUCUUCUACCAGCCCAUCGUCCACCGCUGGCAGGAGACGGACUUCUUCCCCUGCUCUGUAACCUGCGGCGGGGGCUACCAGCUGACCUCGGCCGAGUGCUUCGACCUCCGCAGCGAGCGCGUGGUGGUGGACCAGUACUGCCACUACUACCCCGAGAACGUCAAGCCCAAGCCCAAGCUGCGCGAGUGCAACAUGGACCCCUGCAUGGCCAGUGACGGAUACAAGCAGAUAAUGCCCUACGACCUCUACCAUCCCCUCCCACGGUGGGAGAGCAGUCCCUGGACGGCGUGCUCAGCCUCGUGCGGGGGGGGCCUUCAGAGCCGCGCCGUCUCCUGCGUGGAGGAGGACCUCCAGGGCGUCGUCACGGCGACCGAGGAGUGGAAGUGCCUGUACGUGCCCAAGGCCGCCGUCAUGCAGCCCUGCAACGCCUUCCACUGCCCCACCUGGCUGGCCCAGGACUGGUCCCCGUGCACGGUGACGUGCGGCCAGGGCCUGCGCUACCGGGUGGUGCUGUGCAUCGACCACCGGGGUCUCCACGCCGGAGGGUGUAGCUCCACCACCAAGCCCCACAUCAAGGAGGGCUGCCUGGUGACGGUGCCCUGCUACCGGCCCCUGGAGACCCUCCCCGUGGAGGCCAAGCCCGUCUGGCACAAGCAAGCCAUCGGGCUGGAGGAAGACGAGGAGGAAGAGGAGGAGGUCAGGGCGAGCGAGGAGCCAACGUUCGUGCCGGGCCCCUGGGGGCCGUGCAGCCGCUCCUGUGGCUCCGGGGCCCAGGCCCGCAGCGUCCGGUGCCAGGUGCUGCUUUCCUUCUCCCAGACGGUGGCCGACCUGCCCGACGACGAAUGCGAGGGCCCCGAGCCCGCCAGGGGCCGCCGCUGCUACCGGGCCCCGUGCACCGGGGGCGGAGCCUGGGACGAAGACGAGGACGAAGAGGAGGAGGAGGAGGAGGAGGAGGCGAGAGAGGAGCUCCACGACUGGGAGUACGACGGUUUCAGCGAGUGCUCUGAGAGCUGUGGCGGAGGCCUGCAGGAGGCGGUGGUCAUCUGUCUGAACAAGCAGACGCGGGAGCCCGCCGAGCAGAGGGUGUGUGUGAGCUCCCGCCGGCCCCCCCAGCUCCUCCAGGACUGCAACACACAGCCCUGCCCACCCAGGUGGCAGACGGGGGAGUGGAGCUCCUGCUCGGCGACCUGCGGCGUGGGUCUGAAGACGCGGGCCGUGGCCUGUACCCACCGGCCCGCCCGCGGCAGCAACGCCACCAGGGCCGUGCGGGACGAGGAGUGCCCCCCCUCCAAGCCCGUCCCGGUGCAGGCCUGCAACCGCUUCGACUGCCCCCCCUCCUGGGACCCCCUGGAGUGGGGGAAGUGCUCCCGUAGCUGCGGCGGGGGCGGCGUCCAGCUCAGGGAGGUGGUGUGCAGGCAGCAUCUGGCCGACGGCAGUGCCCUGCCUCUGCACGAAUCCUUCUGCCCGUCCACAGUGCCCGGGAGCCAGCAGCCCUGCGCCAGCCAGGACUGCCCGCCCCAGUGGCUGACCGGGGUCUGGUCCCAGUGCUCGGUGAGCUGUGGCAGGGGCCUCCAGAGGGUGGAGCCGGUGUGUGUCAGGCAGCGAGAGAACGGCAGCGUUCAGACCCUCUCCCAGGACGCCUGCUCCACGGCCCCCCGGCCAGCCAGCGUCCGGACGUGCACCAUGAGGCCCUGCGACGAGACCACCCGGCUGGAGAUGGCCAAGCCGGAGCCCGCCAUCCUGGCUCAGAGCCGGGUCUACAUCCAGCGGAGGAAGGGCAAGAAGCUGCAGCUGGUGGUGGGCGGCUACGCCUACCUGCUCCCCUGGACGUCGGUGGUGCUCCGCUGCCCCACGCGCCGCUUCGGCAAGGGCCGCGUCCAGUGGCUGAAGGACGGCCGCCCGCUGGCCGCCCUGCCCCACCUCUCCCUCACCGCCCCCGGACACCUCAAGAUCCACCAGCUGGACGCCGCCGACGUGGGCGUGUACACGUGCGUGGCGGGGACGGCCCGGGAGAGCUUCGUGCUCAAGGUCAUCGGUAGCAAGCAGAAGCCGUCCUGGCCGGGCGCCGGGGGGGCGUGGCUCCACGGCAUCGGCGGCGGUCUGGGGCGGAAGAGCGGCGGGCCGGACGCGCCGGAGAUCCCGCAGGAGCUGCGCGACGCCUUCGGGCGCUACGACGACGUGGCGCGGCGGCUGCUCGACUUCAAGGCGCCCGCGACGCCCUCCGGCGAGAGGAACGAAAACGGGUCGGCGCCGGUGGACGUGGCGACAACGGGCGGAGGGCUGUCCGAUCCGGCGCUGCUCGUCGCCGAGACGAAGACGCUGGACGCGGUCGUCCAGAGGCUCUCGGAGGGCCUCCGGGGGCCCCAGGAGGAGCUCCUCGUGGCCCGGCUGCUGGGCGAGAUGAGCGCCGCGCGAGAGGACACCAACGAGUCCACGCUGCACCCUCUGGAGCGGCCAGAGGCCUCCCCCUCCACGGGGGGGUCUCUGCCGUACAGGCCCGGCGGCAGGGCCCACACCCCCAGACCCAGGGCCCCGGUCUUCCUCCAGCGGCCCGGGGCGGCGGGCGCGACGGGGGCCUCGGAGGUGAGCGUGCAGGCGGGGGCGCCGGUGACGCUGCAGGGGCGGGUCGACAGCCUGGAGGUGAGGUGCGAGGCCGCGGGGCACCCGGCCCCGAGCCUCAGCUGGACCCGGGACGGCCGGGUGAUCAGCGCCGACGCCAGGGUGGAGCUGCUGCCGACAGGAUCCCUCCGGCUCCUGUCCCCGGGCCGGGAGGACGAGGGGGUGUACACCUGCACCGCCUCCAACCGCCACGGCACCACCUCCGCGGCCACACGCCUACACAUCUCAGGUCCAGGUUGUCUCCAUGGAAACGGUGGCACGGCGACAGACGGCUCCAUCUGCCCCGACUCAACCGACAACAGCAAGGCGUCUGAGCUCUGUCAUGGACAAGCCUGCCCCCUCAGGUGGCGGGUGGACGGCUGGUCGACCUGCUCCGCUAGUUGUGGAGGGGGCACCCAGGGCAGGAGGGUGACCUGCGUGGGGGGCCCGGACCGGAGGCCCCUGGAGCUGGAGAGCCAGCGCUGCUCCUCCGCGGGGAGGACGCCGCCCGCCGAUACGAAGCCCUGCAGCCUGCAGCCCUGUGUGGGGUGGACCUCCGGCCACUGGGGGGCGUGCCACGGUCACUGCGUGGGACCUAGCCUGGCCACUCAGCGGCGCACGGUACACUGCCAGGACUCCAACGGCACCAGGGUGCCGAGCAGACUGUGUCCCGGGUCGCAGAGACCGAGCUCCCUGAGGAACUGCUCGUCGGAGGCCUGCGCGCUGCACUGGCGCACCGGCCCCUGGACCCAGUGCACCGCCACCUGCGGUCGCCAUGGUUUCCAGUCCCGCCACGUGACGUGCGCGGACCCCAAGACGGGCCGCGGCAGCCGGGACCACCAGUGCUCCUGGAGGCCCCGCCCCCCCGGCUGGCAGCGCUGCAACCUGACGUCGUGCGGACGAGCGGAGGAGUGCCGUGACAGCACGCGCUACUGCGAGAAGGUCCAUCAGCUCCAGCUCUGUGUCCUCCCCCAGUUCAAAACCCGCUGCUGCCAGUCCUGCCGAGACACGCCCGGAGACACGCCCGGAGACACGCCCUGAGACACGCCCGGAGACCCUGGACACCGGAGGACGCCCGCCCAAUGACAACGAUGACGACCACUGGUCACACACCGGCUGGGUGAGGGGGAGGACUGUACUGGACUGGACUGUGGCCCACUCCAGGCUGGGUGAGGGGGGGACUGUACUGGACUGGACUGUGGCCCACUCCAGGCUGGGUGAGGGGGGGGACUGUACUGGACUGGACUGUGGCCCACUCCAGGACUCGAAGACGUUGGUGUAGCCCUGGCAACAAAGCCUUCAGUUUAUUUAUUGUGUUUUCUUUUUAAAUCUUACUGGAGUUCAUGACCCUUGCUUUUAGAGGCCAGAAGCGACCUGGAGGGGUUUUAUAGUGGGGGGGGGGGGGGGGGGGGGGUAACUUAAUAGCGAUGGCUUCGUAACGGACAGCUGUGUUGAACUGCCUUUGUAUGCUACUCUAUGCCAAAUUCACAACCCGUGUUUCACAGAGCCACUGGAGUUUGAAAUGUCCCAUUUUGACAAAGUAUCGUUUAAAUAGUAAGGAGAAUCCAUAGGGUGUGCUAACAGGAGAAUGCCAUGCCAAAGAGCCUUUCAUAAAGAGAAAGGCAUGUUAUGUAGUUUGCACGACCUGCUUAAAGACAUUUUCUUUAAACCAUUCAGGUAAAAAAAUACAAUCCCCCAAGAUGAAACCUCGCAAUUUGUGUUCUGGUAUCUUCAUUGGAUGAAAUGGGUUUCCAUCAUAUUGCACUACUAUGAGACACAACUUCUUUAGGGAAAAAGAAAAUCUGACUUUUGCACUCGAAACUCCAAGUCUAUGUAAGGGACAUGGCUUGGUGAGUUGUUGUUUUUUAUCUCCUCUUUGUAAAUGUUGCAUUUGGAUGUUUUAUUUUUCUUCUUUUCUGACAUGAUUUGGUGACUUUAGCCAAACUGUUGGAAUGUUCCUCUAACCACUUUGACUCCAUGACAUAUCGGAACUCAAGGCCAAGCAAAGUCUUUGCUUCUACCAAACCCUCCUGCUACCAAAGAAACAUUCUAUAGUAUGAUUUAUAUUAUAGCGAUACUACUAAAAUAGAAAAUACUAACUUGACACAGGCUGAUUGUUGUUUCAGAAAUAACCUGAGCAAAUAACCUUUUGAACCUGUUUUUUUAUUGGGCCACGUUAACAUUACUGGCCAAAUGGUAACACUUUACAAUAAGGGAACAUUAAUUAACCAUUAAUAAACAGCAAUACGCAUUAUUAUAUAUAAAAUUAGCAUAUGGGUAAGUGGGUUGAAAUAAUGUAUUAUUGAAUACGUUAGUUGAUGCAAACACCAUUAAUGAAUUAUUACUUAUAAGCUAACUGUUAAUUAGCUGUUAGAUAAUGCUUAUUACCAUAUUAACUAAUGGUAAUUAGGGGUUAUUUAAUGUGGCCCCUUGUCAAGGGGUAUUGGCAAUUUUACCUGAAUAAGUAUAGCUGAUACAGAUCAGAUGGGAACAUUGUGAAUCAAAGAUGGGGCGUGUUCAUGUGCAGUCCUAGAUUCAACAAAGACCUCCCUGAUCUCUGCAUACUAACCUUCUAAGGAAAUCUAAGGAAGAAAUCUGGAAAUUUAGUGUUAUUGGGCCGGUAAUGUGUACAUUGACUAAUAUAAGUAAAAUAAAGUGUGAUCUGGGUAGAAACCUUUUUUGUUAAUUUAUUAACUGUAAAUGACUGCUGGGUUUGCACUUCGAGCCUUCGUCUUAUGUCCUCAGCAAAUGUCCCCCGUUCAUCAACCAAAGGAACAGUAUCUUCAGUAGAAAAUAAGGUCAUUAGCAAGUAACGUUUUAAAAUGGGAUCAAAGCCCUGUUACAGCUUUUAGUCUUUAAAAGCUCAAACUUGUCAAACUUUCAGGACUCCUUUCAAAAAAUAAUUUAAUUCAGUGUUUGAUCUAUAAUCUUAAACAAUUUAUAUCACGCUAUUGUAGUUUACACAAACAAGAUUUUGUUCUUUGGAUGUUAGGCGGCUUUCAUCAAGAACAAUGAUGAGUUAUGUUGAUAUGACAUGUUUGUUUAUUCAAUGUUUGCUGAAGAUAAGAUGUUUUUUUCUUUGAACUAUUUAUUUCCGUGUGUUGUUGUGGAACUGUGAGUUUUCUUUUUGUUGUAAAUACUACAAGGCUUGGAUGUUACUGAUAAUUUGCUCCCAGGUAAUACUAUUCAACGUGCAUGAAAUUGGGGCCCUCUACUGGUGAAGUGAUAUGUUGUCUUUCCAUGCAAGUGCCUGGUUAUUCACUAGACAAUAAAAUGAAAUACAUUCCUUCAA